GCGGGUUUGGGAAAGGAGCCCGAAGGGGGCGGGACAGAACAGCGAGAAACCAGCCAGCCUGUCAUGGCGCGAGUGUCUGUCUUGGGAGUUUCGCUGCUGGAGAAUCCGAGCCCGUUUGACCACCCGCUCCGCUUCCAGGUACAGUUCGAGUGCGGAGAGGCGUUGCCCCACGAUUUGGAAUGGAAGAUCAUCUAUGUGGGAUCUGCAGAGAGUGAGGAAUAUGAUCAAAUACUUGAUUCUGUGCUGGUAGGACCUGUUCCAGCUGGGAGACAUAUGUUUGUGUUUGAGGCAAAUAGUCCCAACCCUGAUCUAAUCCCUGAAAGUGAUGCUGUGGGAGUUACAGUAAUACUCAUUACAUGCACCUACCUUUGUCAGGAGUUUAUCCGCAUUGGAUAUUAUGUGAAUAAUGAAUAUAUAAAUCCUGAAUUAAGGGAGAACCCACCUCUCAAGCCAGACUUUUCCCAGUUGCAGAGGAAUAUUCUGGCCUCCAAUCCCCGAGUCACCCGUUUCCACAUCAAUUGGGAUGGUCCUAAAGAUCAGAUGGACAAUAUUGAAAAUGUAGAGCCAGAGCCUGAUGGUUUCCUAUCUUCUAACUGUGCCUACAUCAAAGGAUUGAUCCCUUCAGUAGGUUUGCAACCUGAAAAUUCAAUGGACUGCAUGUAAAACAGGCAGAAUAAUUUAAAGAUGCAGAAAAUUGCAACUAAAUGAAUUAUUUGAAAAAUCUGUGAAGAGAUAUGGAUUCUUAUGGCCAGUUAAAGCAAUGGGAGUCCUAAUUGUUACAUCUAUGUAGACAAACAUAUCAGAGCUCUUUUCAUAUCUGGAUUUAUAACAAAUGUGUCUUCCCGAUUAUAGAUCUGUAAUUCUGUCAUGUUAUUUCUUGAGUGAAACUUGGGUCUACUUGUGCUGACUGCUUAUGAACACAUAGUUGACACAGAAAAAUUUUGUGCCAUAAUUCCUGAAGACUCAGAACAGUGGGAACUAACUUAUUAUUCUGAUCAUCCAUUUCCUUAAAGUUGGCACAGCAAGCACUCUAUUUCCUGAACGAUUUGAAUUUCUCUCUCUUUUUUGUUAGUACAGAGAGCCGACUCUUGAGGACAUGCUUUCAAUAAAUGACCAGAUACAUCAUAGCUGUUACUUGGUUGCUCCUGUUUUAUAACCAUUUUCUUCUUGGCUUCAAAGAUACUUGCCUUGCAUCAAAGAUUAGGAAAGUUUAGUUUUAGAGGAAAGUCUGCUGGUUAUAUAGAGUAGCUGUCAUAAUGCUGCUUUUGAGAGUGUUCUAGCAUGCCACAACUAUUUUACUAGUAACCUCAAAAUAACUCUUCCAAUGUCUGAGUAGCAAGAAUAGGCCAGUGCUGAACUUACGUAUCUCUUUGUAUGCAUCUUCAUUUAUGGUCUUAUAAUUACUGCAGUCUAAAGUGCUAUUUACAGUUUAUACAGACAUUUGUCAUUAUUAGAUACUUGUCCUAUCACAAAGGAAACCCCAUCCUAAGAUGUACAAACAGUUAUGCAGGCACUUACCAUACUACUGUACACUACUGUUUGCACCUCUUAGAUUGGAAUUUCCUUUUUUAUAGGACAAGUUUGUAUUUGUUGUUUUUUACCUGGCUUACUUGCUUUCAUGGAUUACAUUCUUUACUAUUUGACUAUUUACCUGCUAUAUGAUAAAUCUAUCCUGCACAGGAGUCUUUUAUGGAAAGGAUUUUCAAUAAAAAAUUGUGUAAAAACUAAAUAAUUUACAUAAUAGUGUUUGUGGCAUAAAACAUGGAGUGUCUCCUCUUUGAUAAGUUAAUAUUUAGUAAAGUUAAAAUUGAUGCUGGUAGGUUUUGUUGCUUUAAAGCAAGAGCAGUAAAAUAUAUUUCAAUUAUUUGGGGAAAGCUAACCUACUAUAUGUGGGACUUAGCCAGUUGUCAAGUGGUAUUGAUUUAAGUCAGCUAAAUGAGGACAGGUUUUCCCUUUGAGAUAUUUAACUUUCUAUGACAAAGAUUCCUAUAUCCCCAGAAGUUGUUAAAAACAGAAUAUUAUGUUCAAACUGCAGUCAGUACUGUUUGCCAGGUUAAUACCUAUUUUUAUUUUAAAAAAACUCCCUUUGCCUACAAAUAGACAUAAUCCAAAAUUACAUUUUGGAUAUAAGCUAGUCAUUUUAUACAAGGACACUAAAAGCAUUUUAUAAUAAAACUAUAAAAUAUAAUUGUAAAAGCAAAUAUAAGUAGCAAUAUAAAUCGAAAUUUAACUAAGAUAAACAGCAAAAUAAAGAUUUAAAAGCAGA